UCCACUCCCGAGAAGCAUCACAAAAGUCACGGCAGCAGACUUAGCCUGGCUUUGCUACCAUUACCACUCACUCGCUACCGCCUUUCGACUUGCUGAUUGGUCAGCCAUGGGUCGUCACUCCAAGAACAAUACGGCUCGCGCCAACUUCACCUCGACAGAGUACCAGUACCUCAAGGACCGAUGGGGCAGUAAGAGCUCGAGGUUGGGAGGGGAUAGUAUGAGAAACUUUGAUCAGUGUGCGCUAUGUCUUGGUACAGCCGUGGAUCCCAUGACGUGCAAAGAGGGGCAUCUAUUCUGCAAAGAAUGCAUCUACACAAACCUUCUGGAGCAAAAAGCUGACAUCAAGGCACAUCAAGUCAGUCUACUGAAGCUGGCUCAGCAGCAGGAAGAAGAGCGAGAGAGGGCGAGGGAACAUGCUAGGGCCAAGGUCUUGAGCGAUUUUGAGAGGAACGUGGGCUUUGGGGCGGGGCUGAAAGACGAGAUCCACGCAGUAGGGGAGGAUGGAGAAGCUUCUUCUAGUAGGAAGCGGAAAGCAGACUCGGACGCGGCUCCUUCUGGUCGGCUCUCCCUUGCCUCUCUACCAGAGAGAGCUCAAAGACUGACGCAGCAAGCGGAAGACGAGGCUCUAGAGGCCCUCGAGGCAGAGCAGAAGGCGAGCAGACGGAGAAAGCUGCCGUCCUUCUGGCUGCCAAGUUUGAUGCCGAGCGAAAAGGAGGGAGAUGUGGAUCUCAACAAGGUUGGCAGCUCGUUGGAACCACGGUGUAGAGUGGAGAAUGAACAUGGCCAUUCCAUCAGCAUCAAGUCGCUCACGCCCGUAAAGUUCUCGCGAGCUCCCACUGCCGCCAACGGCACGGCCAGUAAUGCAAGUGAAGCCUCGUCGUCAAGCUCGUCUAACAGUCCCAUCAUCUGUCCGAGCUGCAAAAAGGCAAUCUCCAACAGCCACCGCCUGUUCACAGUUAGACGGUGCUCGCAUACCUUUUGCAAUUCUUGCGCCGAAUCACUGAUCUACGCGCCAGCCAAGGCAGCUCUGAAGGCAAAGAAGGAGGCAGCAGAUGAAGACGGUGCAGACGCCAAGAAGAGCUCUGCCUCUGAUGUGGCCUGCUGUCCUGAGUGUGCCGAAGGGAGAAUCAGAGAUGUGGACAAGGAUGUGAUCAAGCUGUUCCGUGAGGGUACAGGAUACGCAGCUUCGGGUGGGGCCGAGGCCAAAAAGAAGGGCAUUGCAUUCCAGGGCUGAGAUUGGGGUGAGAUCUGCCAUUCCCUUUGUACACUACACUCAAAGCGAUGAUCUUACUUUGUAC